CUUUCAGAGUUCAGUGUUUCCACUCGACAGAAAACAAGAAGACAGCUUACAUCUUACUUCCCUUUUCCUUCAUAAAGCUCUCCCCUCUCUAUCAAAAAAACAAUCCCUAAAACUUAACCACGAAGCAAAGAAAAUGAACAGUGAAGACAUGAAAAGAAGCAUCACCGGAGGUGUGAAGGUCGAAAACGACUCUUAUUACCGGAAAUCAUCACCGGCUGCAGCAGCCCCUCCCGGAAAAAAGAUCAUCAUCAAGAAUGCUGACAUGAAAGAUGACAUGCAAAAAGAAGCUGUUGAUAUAGCCAUCGCAGCAUUUGAGAGGAACAAUGUAGAGAAGGAUGUAGCAGAGCAUAUAAAGAAGGAGUUUGAUAAGAAGCAUGGACCCACUUGGCAUUGCAUUGUUGGUCGCAAUUUCGGUUCAUAUGUGACUCAUGAGACGAACCACUUUGUUUAUUUCUAUUUGGACCAGAAAGCUGUUUUGCUAUUCAAAUCUGGUUGAUCCUGAUGGUCAUGGAGAUCACAACUAUGCCGAUAAUGCAUUUAUGAUCAUGAUGCUAUAGCUAGUGCUUGUAUGUAUUAAUUGAAACUUCCUGGCAUGCAAAGACUCUAGCCAGAAUUUCCUGUGCCUAACAUGUAUAUUUGAUCACACUUAAAAUGGUUUUGAACCUGUGGAUAUGAAUCUCCGUCCCUCAGUCAACUGAGUUGCUGCUUUUA